AUGCCUCAUAAUGAGCCUUUAAACAUGGAAGUUCUUGAUAGAGUUAAGCCCAGUAUUACAUACUGCCUCCUCUCAAAGCUUAGAUCUUUCCAAGAAGUCUUGGAGGAUGAAAUCAAGGAAACCCUCUUCUCCCUCUUUGAUAACAAAGCUCCAGUCAGAGGAGUUCAUCACACUGCGAAUGGGAAUACGUCUCAUCCAGGUAACACUUCUUCUCCCAAAAUAGAUUUGAAGUUCAUUAAGCCGCGAAAUGGGGGUGAAAACGGUAGAGUUAAGGUGCAGCCACCUCAAGGAGUGGCAGCAGCUGGGUCAGGGAAUGGGAAAAUGCUUUAG